GCCCACACCUAUUUUUAAAUAGUCGGUGAAAGACGAAACAGCUGAUUUGUUUCGGUUUAAAGCACAUGUUUAGUGCGGUUGUAUUUUUUGAAUAUAUUUCUCAUACUCGAGAAAAAUGGCUGACCGUGAUAGCGCAUCCGAAAGCGAUUCGAGUUCAAUCGACGGUGGUCCAAUUAUGAUGCCACCAUCACCAAUUUCUCGUGAACAAUUACAAAAAAGAAUCGAAUCGCUUCAACAACAUAAUCGUGUUCUCAAAGUUGAACUCGAGACUUACAAAUUGAGGGUCAAGGCACUGCAGGAAGAAAAUCGCAGCCUUCGUCAAGCUUCUGUUAUUAUACAAGCUAAAGCCGAGCAGGAAGAAGAGUUUAUAAGCAAUACCUUAUUGAAAAAGAUCCAGGCCCUCAAAAAAGAGAAAGAAACAUUAGCGCACCACUACGAACAGGAGGAAGAAUGUUUAACGAAUGAUCUGUCAAGGAAAUUGAAUCAAUUACGUCAAGAGAAAUGUCGUUUGGAACAAACUUUAGAACAAGAACAAGAAUGUCUUGUAAACAAGUUAAUGAGAAAAAUCGAGAAAUUGGAGGCAGAAACGCUUGCAAAGCAAAGCAAUUUAGAUCAGUUGCGUAGAGAAAAAGUAGAACUUGAAAAUACUCUGGAACAAGAGCAAGAAGCUUUGGUUAAUAAAUUAUGGAAACGAAUGGACAAGUUGGAAGCAGAGAAAAGAAUGCUUCAAAUCAAAUUGGAUCAACCCGUGUCAGAUCCAACUUCGCCGAGGGAAAUGAAUAAUGGUGAUACUGCAACUAAUUUAAGUACACAUAUUCAGACUUUAAGAAGCGAGGUUGCACGCUUGAGGCAUACUUUAUUAAUUUCGCAACAAGAACAUACGGAAAAGAUGCAACGUUACGUUAACGAAGAAAAGCAAAUACGUGAAGAAAAUUUAAGACUGCAAAGAAAACUACAACUAGAAGUAGAACGUCGAGAAGCUUUGUGUAGACAUCUAUCAGAAUCAGAAUCCAGUCUGGAAAUGGAAGAGGAACGUCAUUAUAAUGAAAUUGUAAUGUCUGGUGGUAACAUAAGAAGUCGUACGGUUUCAAGUCCUAUUCCGUACAAUCCUUCUCCUAGUUCUUCCAGGCCACUCAGUCCAGGUAAUAAUGUAUUAGGUUCAGUAACACGAGAAAAUUUCAAUCCUAAUCGGUGUUAUACGUGCGGUCAACCAACUACUCUUCCUUUUACUAGUUCAUCUCCUCCUUCGGGAGGACACAUAGUUCCACCAUCUACCAGACGUACAUCUGAUAGAUUUGUUAAGCCAGCAAUUCCUCCGACUAUUGUUAAUCCUGGUGGUCCUCAGUUAACAAAUCCUAGCACUAAUGUAAGCGGAUCAACUGGAUCACCUAUGGAUAUUACUAAAACAUAAAUAUUUGGGAUAUAUUUAUCAGUUGGUCCAGUAUCAUCAUUUACAUAUUAAUGAAAGGUACUUCUUUUAUUGGUGCAUUUGUACUAAUUACAUGAUGGUAUAUAUGAUAAAUGUAAAACAACAGUGGCUUGAAAAAAAGACCUUUGGUUUCCAAUGUUUUUAUAAUAUUCUCCAGUUACUACAGUGUAAUGAUUAAAUUUUGUUAGAAUUACGAAGGAAAGCAAAUAUGCCAUUAAAUUAUUCUAUAAUAUCGUUACACUAGCUAUCAACAAGGAAAAAAAAUACAAAAAAUAAAAAAAUAAACGCUUAUAUUAUAUUACUUAAAAACAUAAUCUAUAUAACAGUAUUUAAGAAAAAAAAAAUUUGGGAAAAAAAAACAAUUAACGAACGUAUCGAAACUUUGAUUUUCAUGAGAAAUAGCCUAAUCAAAGCUAAGAAAAAAAAAAAGUAACUAAUAAAUUAAUAUAAAUGUAUUCUCUUCAAAAUAAUAUCUCGCGCGCGCUCUUUUAUCUUUUGUUUUAUGUAUCAUUCCGUUAUUUGGUUAUUGAUUUUCAUUAACGAUUGGAUUAUGCAUUCUCAUUUUCUUUAUUAUUUUUCCUGUUUUUUGGUAAAAAAGUUUUAUAUAUGGGAUGUUUCGUAAUAUGUGGGACUCAUGUCAGAAGUGGACAAAAGAUACAAAAACACUGAAAAAAGUUUAUGCAAAUAUGUGUCUUAUUUGAUCUUAUCUCCAAGUUAUAGCCACUUUUGAACUCUAAUAGUUCACCCCAAUUUGUAUUCAAAUACGUAGUCAUGUAUCAUCGAAUUUGACAGUCUUUCCAAAAAUUUCGGGCAUACAUUGAAUGUAUCUAUAGCGUUCUCAUAAUACGUGCUCGAAGUACUUCAAUGUUAGAAUUGGGUGUAGAUUAUGAGCCAGGAAAUAAAAAUCUAAUAACGAGUUUAUUAUGAAACAUUCUUAUAUAUUUUUAAUUAAGUAAUUUUUAAUCUCGUUCUUUUCAAUGUUUAUUAUACUUUCCUUUAUUUAUUCAAUUUUUACGAUUUUUACUAUGAAUGACGUGUUUCAAAUACGUUUGAGAGCUUAUUUUAAAACAAAAAAGAAGAAAAAAGAAAUAAAAAUUGAAAAAAAAAAGAAAA